GAGAGAUGAGACUGAGAUCUGAUCUGCUGGUGUUAUACAGCCACAGUCAGAUGUUAAGCGUGAAAAGGGCAGUUGAGGUGCGAACCGAGGUCUAUUUGGGAUACUGACGAUAUUCAUACACAUCGGCAAUCUUACCUGUGCAUAUCAGUGUUCCAUCAAAACUUGAGGAUCACCUGAAAUCACCCAUUGCCCCAGUGACAAGGUGCGAAAAUGCAUCUAGGUCAGCAAAACCCUGUGGUGGAUGGGCUAUCCUUAAAGGAACUGGGGGACAGUGUGCUGGUGGAGAUAGAGCCUCGAAGGAAAGGACUGCCAUUUCUCAAACAUGUGGAGUACCGUAUUGUUAGCAAGUGUUUCCAGAUCCCGGUUCAGCGCAGGUACAGUGAUUUUGAGGUGUUCCAUGGUCUGCUGCUGCAAAAGUUCAUCUACAGGAUGGUCCCGCCUCUGCCCCCCAAACGCAUCCUUAAAGGCGUUUUGAACUCAAUAUCAGACCGAGAGUUCAAUGAUAGCCGCCGCCGUGGUCUACAAAGGUUUAUGACCUUGGUGAUUAGACAUCCAGUCCUGGCAGGAGAUGAGCUGGUCAACAUCUUUCUGUCGGCAAGCAACGCGGAGGUUCAAAAUAUGCUGCGUGAUGCAUAUAAAAAGACAGGUGAUGAGUUUCUGACCUCCCAAAUGGCCUUGCAUGGCAAGGUGUACCUACCUGAGGACAUCCAGACCCAGGCUGCCGCUAAUCGAGAGGUCAUUGCAAAUAUCCACAGCAGUUUCAAUAAACUCAGAGAUGUAGCUGAGCGCAUGGCUCAGCGUUCACGGGAGAACUCAACAGAUCUGCUCAUGUUUGGCAAAGACCUGAGUGAACUGGGCUCAGACACGUCAGACCUGCCGGUGAAUGCUACAAUGAGCAAAGCAUGGAAAACACAGAGGAAGUCACUUGUAGAGUUGUCAGGAGAAUUUGGUCUUCUCGCCGACAAAGCUGCACACCAGGGCAGCAGAGAGGAGGAUGAGGUGGUGGAGAAACUGAACCUUCUCCUUGAACAGCUGCAGUCAUACAAAGACUUGUGUGAUCGUCAUGACAGUGGCGCGUUACUAGAGCAUCAGAGAGCAUUUGAAAAGCGCAGCGGGCCUGUGGCUACACACUUAAAAUACCAGAACAGCACUGAGCAACCAGAGUCUCGACUCUCACAGCAGGAGAACACAAUUAUCACCAUGGAGAUGAGAAGCUAUUUCUCUCUUUUGUGUCUGCAUCAAGAAACCCAGCUGGUCUUCACCUAUCUGCCCCUUGUGACUUCAAUACUGGGGACAUUUGUCCACUCACAAAUACAAGGACACAAAGAGAUGGGUGAUGUGUGGGGUGACCUUCAUCCAAAACUGAAGGACCUUUUUGAAAGUGCUAAUGAAGCUUCCAUUCGCUCUUCAUCUCAAACACACACCUCCAGAAGACAGAAGACCUGUGCCGUCAUUGGCCCCGCAUAACUAGGACAGCAAAUAUGAGGGAAAUUCCCAGCCUUUUUUCAAAUACCCAAGAACUCAGUGUAUUUCUUCAUGCCAUGUAUUUUCCUUCUCUUGACUGUUUAACACCUUUCUUCAUGACUUUUCCAGAUAUGUAAAUACAGAGAACAUAGUGGCCCCAAAACAUGUUUGAACACAUAAAACAUAACUAAACAUUUUAUUAGAUAAAAAAAAUAUAUAAGUGUAUGCUAGUGUAUAACUACAUUUUAGUUACAUUUUUGCACAUACUUUUAAACAGGAUUAUUAUACUCUAGUUAACUAAAAAAAAAAAGCAUAAGAUUUUCUUUAUUUGAAAUAAAAUACACCAAAGUAAAAUAAAAUAUAUAAAAAUAAAAUGAAGUUUAAACUUAUUUUAUUUCAGAUAGGUACCAAGGCAACAUUUUUCAUUUUCAUUUAGUUUAACUUGAUCUAUAUUAUACAGACAUAUUUAAAAUGACAAAAAACACAACCAUAUUAUUAAAACUAAUUCAAAAUAUGAAUAAAAACUAUAAUAGUAUCUCAAUGAUACUAAAAUAACACUGCUUUUAACCAACUGGUCCGUGCAAUAUUUGACAACCAGAACAUGUCAAAAUAUUUUUUGUAUUUUUUUCAAACAACUUAUUUUAUGGGCUUGUGGUAUCUUUAUUUCAAUUAAAUAAAUAAACUUGGUUUGAUAUUUUUUUUUAAACAAUGGUAUUCAGACAUCUAUAAUACCACCUAAGUGUCCAAAUACAUUUUGAGGCCACUGAAUAUCAAAAGAAUAUAUUUAUUUUAAAAAUGUUUUAGAAAGACACCCUUUGAGACCAACAUAAUUUUUGUCUUUUUCAUUUAUUUCUCAUUUAUUUUCCUAUUAUUUUAAUAUGUUUUGAUGCACUAUGUGAUUACAUAUUCAAAUAAAUAAUCCCAGAUCUUCCAAAACCUGAGGUCAGUUCAUACAUCUCUCUUUUUCAGGUAACCCAAAAUAAUUUUUCAUUUUGGUAAGAACUUACAUAAUAUUCAAAGAUUACAUGUGUUAUCCUUUAAGAUAUAAGGCCACAAUUUGAGUAUGGAUGAAAAGGUUAGUCAGAAAUGACCCAUUUGAAGAAAUUCAAAGAAAGACCAAGAUUAUUCUAGAAAAAUAUUCUUCAAGCAAAACUAGCUGAUUUA